AUGCAGACCAUCGGGAAAUCCCUGAAGGAAGCUCUGGUCUGCGCCCACAGCGAAGACCGACUGACUGUUGGAGUCUACGAGAGCGCCAAGAUCAUGACUGAAGACCCGGACAGCGUGUCCUUCUGCGUCCUGGCCAUGGACGAGGAGUUCGAGUGUGACAUCGCCCUGCAGAUCCACUUCACCCUCAUCCAGUCCUUCUGCUUCGACAACGACAUCAGCAUCGUCAGAGUGGGAGACAUGCAGCGACUGGCCGAGAUAGUGGGCGACAAAGCGGAUCAGCUGGAGGACACCCACUGCAUCCUGAUCACGAACCCGGCUGACGGCUCUUGGGAGGAUCCGGCUCUGGAGAAGCUGCACCUGUUCUGUGAGGAGAGCCGCCGUCUGAACGACUGGGUCCCCGAGAUCCACCUGCCCGAGCGCUGAACCGGAUCCCAGACCCACGUUUGGCUUCUUAUCUGGAAAUACUCAUCCAGAGCAGGAUGAGCCUGUUUCUACUGGUCCCUGGAUACUCCUGAGGAGGAUCCUGUCCAGGCAGCACGGCGCCGGCCCCAGGUGGGCCCCAGGUGGGCCAAGAUGGCCCCCAGGUGGGCCCCGGGUGGCCCCCGUGCCCCCGUCGCCUCUCGUCCCGUCCAUGCCAAGAUGACUCUCAUUCUUUGUGUGAAUGAGGUCGGGUAUGCCACGAGAGCGACUCAUCGACCCUCAUUCUUUGUGCGGAUGAGGUUUGGAGAGGAAGGAGAAGCGCGUUCUGCGUCCUGUGGUCCCACAGAGCAAAUGUCGCACGUUGAAGCACGCGCAGCAGGAGAAGAAGCGGUGCUGAGGAAGAGGCGUCCUUAGAAAGGGACUUUUUAAAGACGACCUCUGAGCUGAGCAACAACUCCAACUGUUGAACCAGCGCAAAUGUUUCCCACUUUCCAGAAUUGUCUUAAUUCUCUAAAGGUUUCACUUUAGAAAUUUAACGAUAAUGUUCUAAAACUAAAAAAAAGGAAAAAAAAAAAAAGAUACUUUGAAACGUCUGUUCUCUAAAGGUUUCACUUUAGAAAAAGGCGAAAAUA